AUGAUCUACCGCUACUUGGCAACGGUAGCCUUAUUGGCGGUGAACGCUCACAGUCAAUACUACGAAUGGCCUCAACAACAGCAGCAUUAUAACAACUUCAAUGGGUUCCAACAAUUCCAACAGCCACAACAAUUCCAGCAACCACAACAGUAUCAGCAACAGGCAUAUCAACCGUUCCCAGCUCAACAACCACAGCAACAGUACCAACCACAGCAAUAUCAACCUCAGCAACAACAGCAGCAAUACUUCCAACAACCACAACAACAACAACAGCAGCAACAACUGCAACAGCCAUUGCAAUAUCAACAACAACAACCACAACAACCACUUCAAUAUCAGCAACAACCACCACCUGCUCCACCACCAAUCUAUUCUCAAACUGUAAUUAUUCCACAAGCUCCACCACCACCACCAGAGGCUUAUCAAGCACAACAAUAUGUUCCAUCUCAACAAACUCCAGUUAUGGUUCAACCCGCUGAUAUUCCUAGAUAUCAUCAGAAACCACCUCCACCACCACAGAAAGUUCCAGAUGUCGCAUUCCAACACGUGAAUACUGCUAGAAGUGUUCAACAAGUUGAUUUCGAGAACAAAUUGUUCAGAGAGCAGCCAAAUUCAUUCACUCAAAACCAAGAGAAGAUCACUCUGCUCGCCCAACCACCUCCACCUCCGCCACCUCCAGCACAAACUCAGGCACCACUUAUUCGUGUUCCACCUCCACCAACUCGAUUCAUUCCAACACUGAAAUCUCUUUACAACGUGGAUCCUCCACGCCCAAAGAAUCCAACAUACAGACCUGAUGAAAUUAUUGUUGAUGGUCAUCGAUCGGCGUAUUUUGAAGAUACUCAACGAACACGACCACAGGGAUCGAAAGUCAGAGUUCAAUCUGUAGGAGGCAGUGUUCAUUCCAGUUCUGCCAACAUUCCACGUACUUCUCAGCCCGCUGUCGCUGCUGUCAUCUCUCCUCCACAGCAACAAUCAUUCGCUAGACCAAAUGAGCAACACCAACAACCACGAGUCGUUCGUCCACAACCACCACAACAACAAUUGACCCGCCCAGCUCCAGUGAGACCUCAAACUCGUCGCCCAGUUCCACAACCACAACAGGCCACUCGCCCAAUUCCACGUCCAGUUGCUCCAAAAAGUCAUUUGGCACCACAACCAGCUCCAGUGGUUGCUCUAGCGAAGCCCAGAACGGCCAGUGAGAAGUUCUUGCAAUGCUGCAAAGGACGCAAGGUUCACAACUCUUGCGAGAGAAUUUGCAGUUUUGAUGUCCUUUCUAAGAAAACGUUGACUGGAAUGUUCCUUGGAACUGAUCCAUGCCCACAACAUCACGGUCUUGAUCUUAUGCAAUGUGCUGCUGAUAACGAUGAUCAUACUCAAUGCUGUAUCGAUAAAGAAGUUGAUAGAACGUCGGCAGGAAAAAAAUGUCUUGGAUUCUGUAACAUGAAGCCAGGAAUUACAUUCCAAGCUGAUGUAUCGAUGCUUCCAUGCUGGUCCGUACUCAAUGAUAUCAAGCAAUGCUUCAGGGAGAAUUUGGAACGUCAACUUGCCGCCAUUUAG